AUGGCCCACGAGACCGUUUACUUCUCCCGUCCCCGUACCUACGGCAAGGGCGCCCGCGGCUGCCGCGUUUGCACCCACAAGGCCGGUCUGAUCCGCAAGUACGGCCUCAACAUCUGCCGUCAGUGCUUCCGUGAGAAGUCCACCGACAUUGGCUUCGUCAAGGUACGGAUAACUCCCGCCCCUGGUGGAACAAAUGCGCAGCAAUGCGACGUGUGGGGGAGCGAAGUUUUGGGAAAUGCGGUGCAGGAGACGGCAUUUGUGAUGAUGGAUGGCUAA